AACUAUGAGCCAGAGUUCAGAUUUUUCUGUCAAUAAAUCCUGUUCAAGGAGUACCUUUUCAGGCAGAACCCGCCAGCUUUCACCAUGAAGCUGGGGCAACAUCUCUUUGUUUGUGUCCUGCUGCUACUCUGUGUGACACAGAGCACAAAUGGAGGGAACAUUCUGGUGUGGUACACUGAAGGAAGCCACUGGAUUAACAUGAAGCCUGUGCUGGAGUCGCUGAUUGACAGGGGACACCAGGUGACGGUUCUGGUCCCGAGCACAUCAAUGUUCAUGAACACCAGUGAGACUUCUCGCUUUGGCCAUGAACCCUUCAACGUCUCUAUCUCAAUGGAGACCAUAAAAGAGUUUUAUGAGGAUUAUAUUCACUUCUCCAUGUAUGAGAUUGAUCAUAUGAGCUACUUGAAGAUGUACAUCAGACACAUGGAUAUCACAAAGGAGUACCUGCAGAUUUCUUUGAAGUUUUUGGAUGGCGUGGUGAAAUCAGAGACCAUCAUGAAGAGGCUAAAGGAGGGAAAAUAUGAUCUUCUCCUGGCUGACCCCAUCUAUCCCGGUAGUGACUUAGUAGCAGAUAUUUUGGGCAUCCCCUUGGUCCUCUCCGUGCGAUUUUCCCUUGCUCAUAACUGGGAGAGACAUUGUGGUCAGCUACCCACUCCUCCUUCCUUUGUCCCUGCCGCUAUGAGCAAACUGACUGACAAGAUGAAUUUCUCAAGGAGAGUGUGGAACUUCCUCUUCUACGCACUGCAUGAUGCUGUGACCAAUAAUGUUUUGUGGAAAGAAUUAGAUAAAUAUUACUCUGAUGUCAAAGGAAAACCCACCAGCACCUGUGAGAUGUUGGGUAGAGCAGACAUUUGGUUGAUGCGAACCUACUGGGACUUUGAUUUCCCUCGUCCUUCUCUCCCUAACUUCAAAUUCGUUGGUGGGAUCCACUGUAGACCUGCUAAACCUUUACCAGAGGAUAUGGAAGAGUUUGUGCAGAGUUCUGGAGAUGCUGGCAUUGUGGUCUUUAGUUUGGGAUCGUUCAUCAAGAACAUCACCACAGAUAAGGGAAACAUGAUAGCCUCAGCUCUUGCUCAGUUACCACAAAAGGUGCUGUGGAGAUACAGUGGAGAAAAAACAGCGACUCUGGGUGCCAACACCAGAAUAUAUGACUGGAUUCCUCAGAAUGACCUACUGGGUCACCCCAAGACCGUAGCAUUCAUCACCCAUGGUGGCACAAAUGGGAUUUAUGAGGCCAUCUACCACGGUGUUCCCAUGGUGGGCAUCCCCAUGUUUGCUGACCAGCCAGACAACAUGGUCCACAUGAAGGCUAAGGGAGCUGCAGUUACUGUAGACCUGAACUUCAUGAAGACAGAGGACCUGAGAGAUGCAGUCAAUGCAGUCAUCAAUGACAAAUCGUACAAGGAAAAUGUCAUGCAGCUGUCCCGUAUUCACCACGAACAACCAAUGAGUCCUCUGGAUGAGGCAGUAUUCUGGAUCGAGUUCACCAUGAGAAACAAAGGGGCCAAGCACCUGAGGGUUCAGGCCCAUGAGCUCACCUGGUACCAGUAUCACUGCCUGGAUGUCCUGGCCUUCCUCCUUGCCAUCGUUCUGCUCCUUGUGAUCCUGUUCAUCAAGACCUGCAGUUUCUGCAUCUGGAGGUGCUGUGGCAGAAAUGGAAAGACAGAGAGAAAGGCUGAGUAACUGAAUAGAAAUGUAGCUGGUUAAAAAAGUAAUGGCUGUUGGUGUAAACCAUGUAAUGUAACCACAAUGCCCUGAAUCGGAAUACGUGGCUAAGGUUCAGUCAUUGUCACAACUUUGAAAUAACUAAUUUGGCAACAAUAUUGAAAAUACAUUUAAAUUAGAAUUACUGCUUCCCAGUUGUAUGCCUUGCACAGUUCACAUCCGUGACUGUGAAGACGUGUUUGCGUCACAAGCAUCUUCCCCCAGGCAGCACAGAUGCAUGAAAAUCACUUUACAUUGUCCAGUAUUUUUGCCAAACUAAACUCAGUCAGCCUGUAAACUGAAGUAAAAACAUUGUUAGACUCUAAAUAGACAAAUAUACCAUGUUUUUGCAUUCUAAUUUAUGUGGACAUUGUUCUUGUUUUCUCCCUCAUGUAUCACAAUUAAUUACUUCAGCUGCAGACAGGUGUGCUCCAAUUUUCUCAUAACUGCAUCUGAGGCUAUCUGGACAUUGUAUGUUCACUGGCUGGUGUUAUUUUGGGAAAAAAAAACAACAGGGGAUUUUAUGGUGUUCAUUUCAUUCUUUAAUCUAGCUGGUUACAAUUGGUGGCCUAAUUAGUGUACAAAAAUUUAAAUGUAACACUUUUUGCUCCCAUUUUUCUCUCCUUCAAAUUAAAUAUCUAAAGCUUUGUCUAUGCCAGGGGUGUAGGGUUGGGACUCGUUAGGAUUUUAACAAUUGCGAUUCCUUACCGAUUCCUCUUACCGAUUCCUACAUUAUAUUCAUUAUACUUGCUGUACUUAAACAAGUAUAUAAUAAACACAAAUGCAAUCAUACAAAUACAAAAACUUUAUUCUAACUGUUGCACAGUACAAUUAGAUGAAAAUACACAUUUGUGUGUGGUGUGUAUUUCAGAUUUAGAGCUUGUAUCAUCUCCCUGAGAAUAUAUAACAACAAAAAGUGAUUCUCUGAUUUCUACAGUAACACUAUUACCUCAAAUUAACCACAGCAGGGGUGUCGGUAGCGUAGUGGAUAGUGCUGGCGCCGCGGGUUCAAAUCCGGCUUGCGGCCCUUUGCUGCAUGUCAGUCCCCACUCUUUCUCUGUCUCCCCAUUUCACUCUCUGUCCUGUCAAUAAAGGCAAAAAGCCCAUAAAAAUAAUCUUUAAAAAAAAAUAAAAAAUAACCACAGCAAUGUAAUAAAAAAUACUUAUAUGUAUUCAUGCUUGGGCAAUGUUAUUUACGUGACAACACCUGAACAGAACACACACACACAUUGGCUGUUUGUUUCUACCGCUCCCCUCGCUGGAAAUCUCAGACCUCCCGCCGCCCGCUCUCAAACACGGAGGUCUCCCUCUCAGCGGGGCACCCACGGUGCACACCCGGCCUGUUAAAUAGCCUGUAACCAUAACAACUGUGUGACACAAACUCAGUGCUUUAGUAAUUAAAUAAUGUCGGGCUCGGUCGGGUUCGGACAGAAAUAUGCGGCCCAUGCCGCACUCUAAUGGAAAUGCAUGUGAUGGGGUUUUUUUACAAUCAAGGAACCGUUUGCAGGAACCGUUACUCCAAAUGUGAUGGAACCGGUUCCGGAACCGGAACUGGUGGACCCGGUUCAAGGAAAGAACCGGAUCCAGAUCCCAACCCUACAGGGGUGUCAAACUCAUUUUAGUUCAUGGGCCACAUACAGCCCAAUUUGAUCCCAAGUGGGCCACAUCAGUAAAACCAUUGCAUAAUAACCUGUAAAUAACAAAGCCUUCAAAUGUUUCCCUCUCUUUUAGUGUUAAGAAGUAACAUUACAAGUAGUAUACAUUCUGAAAUCAAUUAAUUAACAAUCCAUGUACAAACCAAAUGAUAAACCGCCUGAAAUUAAGGCUUAAGGAUGACAGAAAUAUGUGCAAUUUCAACAAUAUAUCUGUUUUCAGCAAACUCACCCUCAGGGCGUGGCUUUGCUGCUGAUGCUAUUUUGUUAGCAGUAAGGUAGCUAACACAGCUGCACUGCUGAUCUCUCAGCUAAAACGUAAACGGGACUUAUGUUUCCUCAAACCUGCCAAAUGUUUCUUAUUUUUCUUAGUUGUACUCACAAGUUGUUGUAAUUAUCGCCAUGAUGAGUUUGAUAUUAGUGCUGUAUACAAUAUUCCUUGAGCACUGAAAGGUGCUGUGAACAUACUAAGCACACUGGCUUCCCAUUCACCUCUGUGAAGAAAUAGCUUAGUAACUGGUUCAUUUGGACAAAUAGGAAUAGCAGUAUGUUUAAUUGAGAAAUUGGAAUUAAUGACUUCUCUUCAAUUUUUACACUGAGCAAAGUCAUUGAGUGGGCCAGAUUGGACCCUUUGGCGGGCUGGUUUUGGCUUGCGGGCCGUAUGUUUGACACCCCUUGUCUAUGCAGUCAAAAAAAAAAAAAAAAAAUUCAAAGAUAGUAUAAGAUAUAGAUAAUCCAUCCACCUGAUAGGUGAUCCAUAUCAAGAUGUUGAUUAAACAGCAUGAUACACAGGUGUAAAUUGGAUUUUUCAUGAUAAAAAGUGCAGUUUCGACUUUUAUUAAGAUUUCACAUGAGUAGCACUGCAGAAUUGCAUUUUUUAGUUAUUGUCUGGUGUGACCAUUUGCCUCAUGCAGUGCGAUACAUCUCCUUCACACAUGGUCGAUCAGUGAGU